AAUGAUAACAUGGAAUUCGCGCAUGCACAGGUCGUCUACUUCACCGCUACGUUUCCCUAUGUGAUACUCAUCAUUCUGCUCGUUAGAGGCGCUACACUACCGGGCGCCGCACAAGGAAUCCGCUUCUACAUCACACCAGAUCUGAGCGUGCUCUCCACUCCACAGGUGUGGUUCGACGCUGCCGGACAGGUAUUCUUCUCGCUAGGUGUCGCUUUCGGCGGCACCAUGACGCUAUCGAGUUACAAUCGGUUCAGACACAACUGUCUUCGUGACGCGCUAAUUCUGGUGCUCGGGAACUGUAUCGUCAGCUUCCUCGCUGGAAUCGUCAUCUUCUCCAUGCUAGGUCACAUGGCCCACGACCUCGACAAGCAAGUGAGCGAGGUCGCCAGAAGUGGUGCGUGA